AUGGGAGCUCCCACUUGGAGGACACGAGGUUACAGGGUGGGUGGAAGUACCACCCUUUUGUCUCCAAGGGAGCGGGCAUUGGAAAACCGAAACCAAAAGUUAGUUGCUAGCUCAACUCCUGUCCCGCCGCCCGCGCUGCCGCCACGUUUGGGCUUUCCGCCGGCCGCCGAUCGCGCGUCGCUGCUCCACCAUGGCGAGUCGUCUUUGCUUUGGGCUUUGAGGAGCAGGAUACCUGGGUACCAUCGGCCCGGCCCUCUGGCAGGGAGGGCAUCUGCUGCGGGGCAGGCCCGGGCAUCAUUUUCAAAUGUCAAGGCAUCUAAAACUUCAAAAAGAGCAGUAGUAGUUGCUGGGCUUCCAACUGAUCUGUGCAGUGAUCAACUAUUGGCCACAUUAGUUAAGAGUCACUAUCAGGAUGAUGAUGGAGCUGUUGAAGAUGUGCUAUAUCCAACAAGAGCUAAGGGAGUUGCAUAUCGAAUAGUCAAAGAAAAAAGAGAUGCAGAGAAAGACAUCAGACAAAAGAAACACUGUCUGGACAUGAUUGGAGGUGCUCAACUCACAGUUUCUCACUUUAGUGAUAUGGUCUUCAACUCUGUAACUGCUCUCUUGGAUCUUUCUGUUUUUGGGAGUAAUGUUGUUCUAGAAAAUCUGAUAGGGAGCUUGCAAGAGAAGAUCCCGGCUUUAAGCUUCAGCAGCCUGGAUUCCAAUGGAAGAGUAUUUGUGGCAGGUUCCUUUUCAGCUCUCAAGAGGCUCAGAGAAUCUUUACUGUUGAAAGCAAAUUCUCUUUUAGGAAACACCAGGGAUUUUGUCAGUGAGAGGAAAAAGGGGACUAGACAAAGCUUCCCAAAGGGACUGCCAAGAAGUGGUGACUCUAUAGGAUUGCCUGGGACGCUAGGAUCUAAUGUUACUGGACACGAAGAAACAGUUGUGCUUGAUACAGAUGUUUUCCUUUAUCUGAAAAAGAAGUGCAGAGUGUAUGAAGAAUCAUUGGAUACAUUCCAUGUUCUGAGUCAGGAGAGAGUGGAUGGGGACAUUACCACCAUCAGUUUAAAGCAUGCUCAAGUUGAUUCUCAUCGAGACAGUGUAAGACAUGUAAAACAGAUUGUUGAGGAGCUGUCUCAAUCCCUGCAGUGUCAGCUUAGAAAAGAGACACUUCUUUUGGAAGGAAAGAACAAGACAGAGAAGGCAAACAUUAUAAGGGUGUGUAAACAGCUACAGCCCAGAUACCAGGAGAUCCUGAUAAAUUCUUUUAAGACACACAUUGAUAUUAUAGGAUCUUCUACUGACAUCUACCUAUUUACAAAGGAAGUGAUGGAAUUAAUACAGCAAAAAAUUCCUUAAAUCUUCAGCAACAGAAGGGGUAACUGUGGCUUUCGCCUUCUGAAUGUUGACUCUGCCAUAUUCGAGCAAGCUCGACAUGCCUGAUCUUGUGCUAUUAUAUAAGCAUGCCUCACCAUGAGCAUUGCCAUCUCCAUAGUAUAGGGAAGAAGGUAGGAUUUGGAGAAAUUAAAACUCUUCAUUUGCCUAGUUAUUCAUUGCCAACACUCACUGGGGUAGUUGAUUGAUUUAUUCUGUCCUCUGUCCUCUGUUGUGAACCAGGUGUCCUC